AUGAAGCGGACGGGGAGGAGGACUAAUGGACGGGAAAUCGCGAGCACGAAGAAAAAGAAGAAGAUUAUUUUGCAGCUGCGACAGUACCAGCAGGAGGUUCUUCAGGUGGCUCUGGAGCGCAACACUAUCGUCUACCUGGAGACAGGCAUGGGGAAGACGCUAAUCGCCGUCAUGCUCAUGCAGGCUCGCUGUCAGAUUCGGGAGAAAAGUGGCAAGAUCUGUGUCUUUCUGGUGCCAGCAGUUGCUCUCGUGAUUCAGCAAGCGACGGUGGUGGAGCAGCAGACGGACAUGCGGGUGGGGAGGUACAGCACAGACACAGAGAUCAAAUACGAGGCCACAUGGGUGCAGAAGCAGGUCUCCAAGCAUGAGGUACUGGUGAUGACGCCUCAGGUGCUCGUGAACCUCCUGCAGCACGCCUUCCUGUCGCUCUCUUCAGUGGACCUCCUUAUAUUCGACGAGUGCCAUCACACCGCCAAGGACCAUGCCUACGCCACUAUAAUGAAGACGUGGUACUUCUCCCUGAGGCAGAGCGAGAGGCCGCUCAUAUUCGGCAUGACAGCGUCGCCCAUCAACACCAAGGGCAGCGGGUCGGAGGAGUCGUGCGUGCAACAGCUGCUUGAGUUUGAGAGGAUUCUGGAUUCAAAGCUUUACACGGUUUUAGACAGGUCAUGUCUGGUGGAGGUGCUACCCAGCGCGCAGACCAUCCAGUCCCACUACGACCCCCCUGAUGGGAAGCAGGCGCAGGUGCUGCUGCAGCUGCGGGAGAGGGUGGAGCAGGAGAGGGAGGGGAUGGUGCGAUGGAUAGAGGAGGAGGGGAGGAGGGUGGUGAACGAGAGUGGAGGGAUGGGGCAGGAGGGGGGGAGCGAGGGGGGAGUGGAAGAGGGGAGAGAGCAAGGGCAGGGGAGGGGUGGGCACCAAGGCGAUCACCAACCCAACCACCAGCAGAGGUGGACUGCAGCAUAUGGGGAGGUGCGGCGGCGGAUGGUGAAGCGAGUCAAGUACUUUGCAGGAGCCCUCGGCUGGUGUCUUACCGACCUUGGUCGCUACCCCGCAUUCCUGGCGCUGCACUCACUGCGCUCACAAGCAGCCAGUGGGACCAUGGACCAGCACGAGGAGAACGCCCGCCUGAGAGACGCGUUUGCAGCCGUCCGAUUAGAGUUCAUCAAUCGCUGCGAGGCAUUUCUGAAAUGUGGAUUACCUCCUGAGGCCAAGGCACCCGGCCCGGACGGAUUAGAAGCCACCCUCGCCCUGGCAUCGCACCCCUCUGCUCUCAUCACUCCCAAAAUCGCCCACCUCCUCUCCCUCCUCCGCCUCUACGCCACCCAGCCGUCCCCCACCAUUGUCAUUUUCGUGGAGCGCAUUGUCACCGCACACAGCCUCUCUCGACUCCUCCGCCUGCUGCCCUCGGUUGCUGGCUCGUUGAGAGCGGAUUUCCUGGUUGGUGCUGGGGCUGCCAAGAUCGGGAUCUCGACCAAUCAAGGCGGGACAGCUAAGCACUCCCGGCCAGAUUCUGCAAUUUCACGCUUUCGUGCGGGAAAGCUGAACGUGCUGGUGGCUUCGAGUGCAGCAGAGGAGGGCAUGGACAUACCGGCAUGCCACACGGUGAUUCGAUUCGACCGCAUUCUCACCGUGCGCUCCAUGCUGCAGUCCCGGGGAAGGGCGCGGAAACCAGGCGCACACUUCAGAGUGCUUGUGCAACGGGGCGAUGGCAAGUACGAGGAGGAUUUAGCCAAGUUCAUGCGCAAUGAGGGCACCAUGCAGGCCACGGUGCAGCAACAGCGCAACACCCAGAAUCAGAACGAGAACCAGAACGGAGGGGGGAGAGAAGGAGAUAGAGGUCUGGGAGGGUCGUUCUGGGACGAUGAAACGGAGGAGGGAGGAGAAGGGGAAGGGAUGGAUGUGGAUUGGGAUGGGAGGGUGAACCUGGAACCGGGGGCAGAGGAAAGAGGGGAGGAGGAUAAAGUGAGAGCAAGGAGGGAAGGUGGUUUGGGAGGAGAGGGUGUGAGUGGGGAAGGGAAGGUGGAGAGUAGGUGGGGGGUGAGGGGCGGCAGCAGGGUGCUGGUGGUGCCAAGUACAGGGGCGAUGGUGACGAGGCAAGGGAGUGUGGCGCUUGUCUAUCAGUUCUGCAACACCCUGGGGGCUAAUGACGGGAGUGGAGUGCUCCAGCCAUUCUUCUCCAUCUCUUCCUCCCCCACCGUUUCAAGCACCAAUGCUGCCGCCACUGCCGCCGCUGCUUCUCCCAUCGACCCUCAAUCACCCCCCUUUACAGUCACACUCCGCCUGCCAGCCACUGCUGGCGUCCCUGCCAUCCACGGCCCGCCAUGCCGGUCGAAAAUCGCCGCCCGGCGGGCCGUGUGCCUGCUGGCAGUGAAGAUUCUACUGGAUUCUGGGCGGCUGAGUGAGCGGCUGCUGCCGAUCCGGUGGGGGAAGAAGAGGCGGAGCAAGUUUGGUGCCACUGUGGUGCCUGAGAGAGCUCGCCGGGUUGCCAUGCACGUGCAUCAGCGAAUCCCCUCUGCCCUGCGCCUCCCAUGGGAGGGGGCGGGUGACGGGGAGCAGCAAGGGGAGGGCGCGGAGGAGGGCGAGAGGGGGAGGCGGGCGUAUUUUGUGUAUCGUGUUGGCAUCGGCAUGGGCAGGAAGGUAGAUGGAGGCGGAGGAAAGCGUGAUGGCAAGGACGCUCGAGGGAGUGACAAUAAGGAGGAUGGCCUUGAACGUGACUGUAAGGAGCGUGAGGGAAGCAGAGGGGCAGCUGAGGAGGAAGAAGAGGAACUGCCACGAGAGACCUUCCAGUUUCUCCUCUUGUGCGCGGGGGAACUUGGUAGCGAGUGUGGGGCGGCAAUGUUCGGACUUUUCCCGAAGGGAGUGGGGCAUGCUACAGUGCAGCUAGCUCCCAUGGGCCGUGUGAUGCUCUCUGCCAGUCAGGCUCGUCUGCUCAUGUCCUUUCACGCGCAUCUCUUCGCCACUCUACUGCAGAGGGGGGACGGGCCGGGAGAGGCGACGAGGGUUGGGGAGGAGAGGGUGGAAGAAGGAGGGAAAAUGGAAAAGGAGAGAGUGCGAGAGGAGGGGGAAGGGGAGGAGGUGACAUUAGAGGGAAGUAUGAGCGAGGAGGAGAGAGCUGGGGAGGAGGGGGAAGGGGGAGAGGAGGAGAGGCAAUUACAGCAAGGAACAAAAGAACAAGGGGGACGAGGAGGAGACGAGCAGGUCAAGCAAAAGGGACGAGGAGGAGACGAGCAGGUCAAGCAAAAGGGACGAGGAGGAGACGAGCAGGUCAAGCAAAAGGGACGAGACAGAGAAGCUAGAGGCGAGCAGGGGCAUGGCGGAUUGCACUGUGAGCAGCAGCAGCACCAGCAGCAGCAGCAGCAGCAGCUGCAGCUGAGAGUGCUGGGGGGACACAUGCAGAGGCUAAGUCUGGAUGCGCAACUAGCAGCACUGGAGCGGAUGCGAGGGUGUGUGGUUGUGGCGAGGCACACUGGGUGGCUGCACGGUGUGCGGCUGGUGUGCCCUCACCUUCCUCUGCUGCUCAUGCAAGCAAGCACAUUGCGGGCGGCUGAUGUGACCUUAACCCUCAAAGCCCUCUGUUCUAAAACCUUGUCCCCUACCAGGCAUGGUGUGCGGCUGGUGUGCCCCCACCUCCCUCUGCUGCUCAUGCGCUCGCUUCCCUCUGCCAAGGCCUGCCUCAAGCCUCCCUCGCCGAACGACAUGCCUAAAGGUGAGGCAAUGGUGCCAUCAAAAGCACCCCUCCACCCCUCUCCGAGCCGCCUCGCUGCUGCCCUCAUUGCUUCCCUCUGUGCUCUUCCUUCACCACAUCUUCUUGUGCUCACCCUAAUACUCCUCUCCUCCCUCCCAAUUCCACUCCCCCCCUUCCUCUCCCCCCCCUCCCCCGCGCACCCUCUCACUAUCACUCCUGCAGCCUCCAAGACCCCACCUACAUCCUCCUCCCCCUCCUCCUUGCGCCCUUUCUCUGUGCUGCUCCCCCCCGAGCUGCUCCAUCCACUCAUGUCCUUCCCGCUUUACCAGGCCGCCUCGCUGCUGCCCUCUGUGCUGCACCGCCUGCAUGGACUGCUGCUGGCAGGGGAGUUGAGGGACAGGAUGGGGCGGGAGGCUCAGAUGGAAGGGAUGCUGUCCAACCUUCCGGUUGCCAGGCUCUUGCACGCAAUAACGGCAUACUCCACAGGGGAGGGAUUCUCAUAUGAGAGGGACGAGCUGCUGGGGGAUUGUUUUCUUAAGGCGGCGGUCAGCUCGCAUCUGUUUCGCGAGCUGCCCGGCGCGCAUGAGGGUGUGCUGACUCAGCGACGUACGGAUGCGAUCAGCAAUGAGGCGCUGCUCUCGACUGCCAGAGAGAUGAAGCUGCAUGAGUAUCUGCGGACGGGGAUAUUCACAGCAGGAAAGUGGUACGUGCCUGGCGUUGCCCCUUGUGACUACCGAUGCGGGCAUGCUCAGUUGAAGCAGCAAAUGAGAGAGAGGCGGUCGAAGGUGCAGCAGCAGCAGGCGUUGGACAGGAGGAGGAGAAAGAAGAAGCAGACAAAGUGUGUGGCGUCAGGGAUGGAGCAGGAGGCAAGGGAAGGCGAGAAAGGGGGGGUUGAGGGGAGGAAUAGAGCAGACGAGGAGGAGAAGGUGGGGGAUGAAGUGGGUAGUGGUGCUGGGGAAGGAGAGGAAGUGGAUGAGGAAGGAGAGAAGGAAAAGGAGGAGGGAAUGGAUGACGAGGAGGAAGAAGAGGAGGAAGGGGAGGUGGGAGAAGAAGAUGAAGAAUUUGAAUUGGACAGAGGGGAGGAUAUAGAGGAGGGGAGUGAGGAAGAGGGUUUGGAUGAAGAGGAAGGGGAGGGCACAGAAGAGGGGUGUGAGGAAGAGGAAAUAAAUGAAGAGGAAGGGGAGGAGGAAGAGGAGGUCAAAGCAGGUGAGGAAGAGGAAGAAGAAGAAGAGGAAGAAGAAGAAGAGGAAGAAGAAGAAGAGGAAGAAGAAGAAGAGGAAGAAGAAGAGGAAGAAGAAGAAGAGGAAGAAGAAGAGGAAGAAGGAGAAAGGGAGAAGGGAGAAGUCUUUGGAAGCAGUGCUGAUGAAGUGGAGCAGGUCUGCAUUGCUGAAGGUGAAGGUGUUGAGAGCGGUGGAAGGAGCAAGUUGGAAAAAAGCAACUGCAUGACAGGACUGAACGCGCCUCAACGUCCCUUGGUGGUGCUAUCCCCUCCUCUUGUGCGCGUGUCUGGGAAGGCUUUAGCUGAUUUGGUGGAGGCGCUAGUGGGGUGUGUGUGGGACACGUGUGGGGCUGCUGCUGCUACACGUGUCAUGGCGUGGUUGGGCCUUCCCAUGGGGCUAUCUGGGUUUGAGGGGGAGGAUGUGGGUGGAGAAGAGGGUGGGAGAGAGGAUGGGAAAGGGGGUGGAAGGGUGUGUGGAGGGACGAGUCAAUGUCUUGGAGGGAGUGGGGGCGAGUGUGGGGCCGAGAAGGAAGGUGUGGAAGAGAACGGGGGAGGGGGUGUGGGGAAGGGUGUAAGGGGGAAAUCAGGAGUUGGGAUAGGUGACGGUUUGAAGAGGCUGAGUGAAGAUGAGGUGAUGGGGGAGGGAGGUACGGAGGGGGGAGGAGAGCAGGAAGGCACGGAGGAAGGAGAGCAGGGGGGAGAGGAGGGAGGAGGAGAGGAGGGCGAGAAGGGGUUGGCAGGAGUGAGGGAGAUAGAGGAGGCAUUGGGGUAUGAGUUCAAAGAUAAGCGGUUGGUGCUGGAAGCACUGACCCACCCCAGCUUCGUCAACUGGGCCUCUGACGAAGUUGUGACAUGUUACCAGAGGUUGGAAUUUCUGGGUGACGCAUUCAUUGAUUACUUUGUAACACGUCAGCUGCACCUGCAGCACCCGCACCAGACGCCACGUCAGCUCACUUUCCGCCGCGCCGCGCUCGUCAAUAACGAGAACCUCUCCCGCAUCGCCACGUCAGCUGUUUCUUCUGUUGCUGCCACAGGGUGUGGGGCAAGUUUGUCCUUCUCUCCUUCUGCCCCCCCCUUCCUGUUCCUCCAAACCCAGGCCAUAGGAGACGUGCUGGAGUCACUAGUGGGGGCAACGCUGGUCGACUGUGGGUUUGACACCGAGAGGGUGUGGGCACUCUUUUCCCGCUUCUUCCCCACCCGUGUCACUGCUGCCUCUGCUCUGUGCUGA